UUAUCUUAUAUCGGGUUGGCUCUCCCAUGAAUCGUAAUCCUUCUGAAUUGUGUGUUAUUCUACAGCGAAACUACGGCAGAGAUUGGUGUGUUUGUGGCAUGCUAGACUGUGCUCUUUGUUUCGAUUCGAAGGUUGCCAUAAUUUGAGGCUAGGGUUAUUGGCGAUUUUCGUUUAUUGCUGUCCUUAAUAAAUCUCCCACGCUACUCUGCUGCUCUAAUACACAAAGUACCUUCUGGCUAGGCGCAAAUCGCUUCACAUUGCAGACUGUUUUUAGUCUCUUGCCUAUAGAGAACAUCCUCUCAGCACAAGCGUCAAGUGUAUAUAGCGUUGGUGUAAGGGGUGAACUGAAGCAUAAUAACUAGUUAAAUGAAGCAGUACGAACGACAACUGUAGUGUUCUUUAUUUGACGUAAAUGGGUCAGUCUUUAUGUGCUCCUGUUCUAUCCAAAGAAACGAAAAGCUGGCAGAAUGAAAAUUAUAGUGUUGCAGUAUCCAGCAUGCAAGGAUGGCGUGUACAUAUGGAGGACGCUCAUAUGUGUUUACUAGAGCUUCCUGGUGAUCCAAAGGCUGCCUAUUUCUCAGUUUUUGAUGGACAUGGAGGUACAAGAGUGGCAAAUCAUGCAAGUCGCCAUCUUCAUGAGAAAAUUAUUGAACAAAUUGAAUAUGGUCGAAAUGACAUAAAAGAGGCUAUUCGUCAUGCCUUUCUUUCUAUGGAUGCAGAGAUGCAAUCUGAAAUGACUACAUAUCCUGUCAAAUUAUCGACACCGAAAUUAGACAGCUCAGUUAAUUUAACAGCUCCUGGUUCAGUUGUGGCAGUGAAAGAUAGUACUGUUGAAGCCCAUAAUGACAGUACAACAAGCUUCUCUUUGAAAAUUCCAAAUCCAGGUGAUGAAUUGGCUGGAUCUACUGGGAUAAUAGUCCUAUUGAAAGAUCAAAUGCUUUACUGCGGAAAUGCUGGAGACAGCCGUGCAGUAUGUAGUAGACGUGGAGUCGCAGAACCUUUGUCUACAGAUCACAAACCAACUCUACGUGCUGAAAAAGAACGUAUUUCUGCUGCUGGUGGUUGGGUCGAUGCAAAACGUGUGAAUGGGAACCUUGCACUAUCACGAGCUUUCGGGGAUUUUGUCUUCAAGCGUAACCCACACCAGUCUGCCGAAAACCAAAUCGUAACUGCAAAUCCGGAUGUUUUUGUCCGACGACUUUCAGUCGAAGAUGAUGAAUUUAUUGUACUGUGUUGCGAUGGUAUAUGGGAUGUAAUGACAAAUCAGGAAGUUGUAAGCUUUGUUCGUCUGCGACUCAGCUAUGGUAUGCUUCCAUCUAAAGUAUGUGAAGAACUUAUGAUGCGAUGUCUAGCACCUGACUGUCAUACAAAUGGUUUGGGCUGUGAUAACAUGACUGUCGUUUUGGUCUGUCUCUUACAAGGACGUCCGUUCUCGGAUUUGCAACGCAAGUGUUCUCGAUCAUGUCCAGCCGGUCCAGCAGCCGAUAUUUUAGGUGCAUGAAGCUAUGAGAAUUUAUCGCCGUAAAAGCUUUUUUGUAGUCCCAGCUUAUUUUGAUCUAAUAUUUACAAUAAUUUUUUAUUAUCUCCUGUGUAGUCUUGUAUUUUGUUUCUAAGAAAUGUAACUUCACUGCAUACGAUUUUAAAAACUCAGGGAGUUUCUGGAUCAUACUAAAAGGUGUAAGGUUUUACCAUGCUUGUUGGGCGUUAUGAAUUAAUCUUGUUGGUAGAUGUGUUAACUUAUCAAAUUGUAUGGAAGUUUGCUUAUCAAGGUGAGCAAACUAUCCUAUUGAAUAACAUUGCAAUUAACUA